UUCCAUCUUAUUAAUGUUUGCGAUCUCCCACCAUAUACGUCUACAAUUGUGUGGUGGUGCCUUUGAAUUGUCGUGGCUUGUCGCACGUUAUGCAGAUGCAGGUAUCAGAAACAACAGGCAAUGCGAGCUGCUGCAGCAUCAGGCGCGAGCAGACCAGUGCUUUUACGAUGCAGUCAUGCUGUUGUAGCAGGAAACCGCUUCAAGAAGCCUGCUACUCGAAUGCAUUUGCUCCGUGUGAAUAGUUUAUAUUCCAAGACUUUAGGAUAAAUUUAAAAUGAAGUUAAAUCAUUAAGACGCCCAGGUUCGCCGGCUCCAUCUCCGACUUGUCUGAUGACUCCAACAUGUACAGUAAAGCUGAACGGCAGGCUGUCUUCAUUCAACUAGUGUGACCGCUCUGGUCUGUGCGCUCACACACACGGAGCGGAGUCUCUGAGGCAGCGGAGCGUCGCGCUGUCCUUUAACUUCGGAUUCAGGACUUCUAUCACUAAAACUGCGGGCGACUCGCGGCCACCUUCUUCGUUUCCAGCGCUAACGCUACUGAGUGUUUGCUCUUUCUCCGCCAGCGACUGUUGGAUAUCUGCAAAUUGAGGAGCGUCUGGAGCGCACAGUGCGGGUCUGUCCUAAAGAUGGAGACUUUGGACAGCAUGAGUGAAGAAGGGAUCGACGUGGAGGGCUCCGCCUCGCGUGUGGCCCUCAUCAACUCCAGUGUGAAUGCGGUGGUCAACGUCACCAACGUGACCUUCUUCCCGUACUAUCAGCACUCGCUGUGUGUGGCUGCCAGCUACUUCUUAGCCUACUUCUUCAUCUUCUUGCUGUGCAUGGUGGGCAACAUCCUGGUGUGUCUAAUUGUGCUGGAGAACCGUCGCAUGCGCACGGUCACCAACCUCUUCAUCCUCAACCUGGCCAUCAGUGACCUACUCGUGGGCAUUUUCUGCAUUCCCACAACACUUGUGGACAACCUCAUCACAGGUUGGCCCUUCUCCAACAUGGUGUGCAAGAUGAGUGGCUUUGUGCAGGGGGUGUCUGUGUCGGCGUCGGUCUUUACCCUGGUGGCGAUUGCAGUCGAAAGGUUUCGUUGCAUAGUUUACCCUCUGCAACCAAGACCAAGUGUACUCGUUGCUAAGGCAGCCAUCGUGUUAAUCUGGGUGGUGGCGGUGCUGAUAAUGUGUCCCGCUGCCAUCGCACUGACUGUGGAGAUCGUCCCUUUCCACUACAUGGUGUACAAUAAUGACUUCAACCACACGCUCCCUCUAUACACCUGUUAUGAGAACUUUGCCAAUCCUGAGAUGAGAAAGAUCUACACAGCAGUCCUGUUUGCUCACAUCUACCUUGCACCUCUCACUGUCAUCACCCUGAUGUAUGGAAGCAUUGGGGUCAAACUGUGCUCCUCUGUGGUUGCAAACAGAGAGCCACAGCUGGCCAAUGCGACAGUCCAGGUGGGGGGCAGGAGGGGGGGUCAACCGAUGAUCUCCCAGAAGAAGAUCAAGGUGAUAAAGAUGCUCAUCAUAGUAGCUUUGCUUUUCAUGCUGUCCUGGUUGCCACUCUGGACCCUCCUGAUGAUGACAGACUACACAGGUCUGGACAGUGACCAAAUGGAUCUUCUGACUGGCUACAUUUUCCCUUUUGCCCACUGGCUGGCUUUCUCCAACUCCGGCGUUAACCCCAUUAUCUACGGCUACUACAACGAGAACUUCAAGCGGGGCUUUCAGGCAGUGUGCAAAUCCAGGCCCUUCUGUUGCCUUGUGCGGUGUCAGCUGUGGAGGAGGAUGGCCAGGUGGGGCAGGAAAAGAAGGCCUGCGCAAGCAGCUUGUGAAAGUACGGACCUAAAAGACGGCUCCAGCAAUCACAACCACUUCAUGCUGGGGUUGAGAAACAGAGUCCACAACGAAAACAAGGUGAGCGACUCAGCGGAGGAAAACAAAAGCGCCAGGGCAGGUUGCGCGCUGGUCCACUCGGAGAGGAGUCCUUCAAAUCGAGGCAUAGAAAUGGCAACCGUGCAUCCAAAGGGGACUAGCAGCGAAGAAUCAGAGAGGGUUAGUUCACUGGCAGUUUCGGUUUACCAGGCGUGGGAUAAUUAGGGCAAACUUGUACCCAGGCCUUACACAAACCAAGCCAUACAGUAAUACAUGAAGGUCCCAAGGAUAAUGUUAGGGUAGACAUGGAGAUGGAGUCUGUUAGUGAUGAUCCUGAUGAUGCUGAUCAGAAAGAGAACCAAUGACACCACUGGACCAGCCUUCAAGCACGUGUCUCUUACACAGUUUAAGAUUUAAAAUAUUUUGAUGAUGAACGACGACAGCCACGAAGUCUAUAGCAAGAGGACUUACUGUACAGUCUUUUCCCUACAUGCAGAUGCGGUGGAUAUUUGUUGUUAUUUAACAGAAAAACUAUGCAUGAAGUAUUGUAAAGAAAUGCUAAACAUUAUCAUUUAAAUACAUAACCGAUCAGUUCGUUUUUCAUGACUCGUCCUCUUUGAAAGAAAACAUAGGGCAUAAAGCAGACAGAUUCUAGACAAUCACCGUAAACCCACUAACAUGGUACAGCACAAGACCAGAAGGCAUGUUACUAUUACUGUACAUAAAAUAGUAUCAGUAAAAACAAUCUUCAUCAAACAGUGGUGCCCUAUGAACAGACAGUGGUCCUACUAGGACCUACAGCCAGGGCCAGCUCUUAUAAUGGUAUAGCACAAAUCACACUCCAAAUAGAGCACAGAAGCCAACUUUGAAUCUGUACUGUAUGUUCACUGUGCGCUAAGAGCUUCAGGUGUCAGAAUGCGCCCAACCUCAAACCCCCCAGUGCACUGGACCAUGGCACGAGGUGCCUCUCAUUAAGUCUGAUCUCUGGGGGAAUCGCUAUGAAGAGUGGUCAAGUCAAGACAACCUUUCAAAGGCAGAAGCCUGUGAAGUACCACGAGCCUUUGUACAGUAUGUGUGUUAUUCAAGUCAGUGCUCUAUGUUCUGAUCCAACUAGUGCAUUUACGAAUGCUCUGGCAUUUUCUUGCUGUUGUGUGUUUUGUUUGAGCGAGUUACAUCAGCUUGAUAUGGCCCAGACUCUACUAUAGUAGUAACGUUUAUGCUGAAUAAUUUACAGCUUGGAACAAAGACUUCAAUGAAGACUUUCAAGUUAAAUUAAAAUGUGUCUGAAAACAAGGAAAGGAAAAAAAAAACAUCCAUUGCAUCCAUCCAUCCAUCCAUCCAUCCAUUCAUCCAUCCAUCUAUUCAUCCAUCCAUCCCUUCACACCUGGAGGUUGGUUUUACUGUAGCUGCUUUUAGAAGCUGCUUGUUUAUGUUCUUAGGGUUAGUUCCCCAUGAAAUGGAAACAUCCAAAAAAAGUAGUAAUCAUACGGUAGAUUACCUCAAAUGAUGUUAUCACACUCAUCCCUUCUGUUGGACUAUUCUGCCUUUAUCUGCAUGACAAGCUGCAGUUAAGACUUACUGUAGAAAAUUAUUGAAAAUUUAUAUUAAUUACUUAUGUGAAACAAUUGUAAACGUAGAAGAUGUUGUACAAAUAUAAACUUAGCAUUUAGAAAAGAAUUUGCUGUUUUACAUCAACAUGACCACGGUUAAGGAGCAAAAUGCAGGUUGCAGAAGCAGCUUUUUAUGACACACGAACCGGAAAGAUAUUUUUAGAAAUGAACUAUGCUUAGGUUGUCAGACUGAAGGCUGACAGGUGUCUUUAUGUCUAGAGUAGAACAAGAAGAGCUGAGACAGAAGUUCUGAAUUACAUCUUCACAGUGGUCAGUACCAGAAAUGAUGAGACACACUUUCACGAACAUAUCAAGGUCUGGACAUUGUUGUCAAUGUUGUUUUUAAGCCCGUGUAGCCUCCCAGAAUCUGACACUGGUGGUCAUAACUGAUCUCGCUGUUGCUCUGGCAACUAUUAAUUUUCCAAUCCUCCCAGGAGUGUGCUCACUUGAAAAGAAUGGAGCUUUAUCAGCAGAUCAAAAGCAGAACAAAAAUACACAAUAACAUAACACAAUUGUGUUGGAGACAGUUUAUUGACGUGUAUAUGUAUAAGUCACAUGUAGAAAACUGUGCAUAAUUGAUUUAUCUCAUUGGAAUAAAACCACUUGCACCAUCCAACAUUGGUUUAUUGCGGAAAAACUGAGAACAUGACAGUGAAUUUAAGUGUCAUCUAUGCGCCAUUAUUUCUAACCAGCCAAAUAUCAUGAUUAAAAAUAAAACAAAUUACAUAGAUUAUGUAAUUUGUGUAUAUAAUAUGUGUAUAUUUACAUACAUAUACAUGUAUAUAUGUAAACUGAAAGACCACGCCACUAAUCUUACAUUAUGAUACCAGCUCAGUACACUCCCAUUAGCUAUAAGGGUUUGUUUCCUCAUACUGUAUAAGAACUGAACAUCAAUGCAACAUUCGAAAAGUGGAGGCAGAUUUACUAUUACUCUGGAUUGAUGUGAUUGUAAAUAUAAUAAUUAACUAUUUAGUUAAUUUAUGCAUCCAAAAUAUAACUACAAACAUAUCACCCUGGUAACAUUUCCAUGGUAUAUAAUUGGCUUAUUUUUAAAGAUGAGUAUUUUAGCUUUAGCUUUAGCAAGUUUUUGGAUGAUUCUGGUUGAAUGAAUGACAGAUUGUCAUAAUUCUAACAAACUCAAAAUUCCUCUUAAAGAGAAGACAAUGAAAGCAACUAGAGAAUUGAUUUGGUUGAUUAAACCAAGGCCUGAGGCUCUGCUACUGAUUAAUAAUUCACAAUUAGGAAGCACGUUCACCUAACAAUAUUCCUGGAAAUAUGAGGAUUAUGGUUUGUUUGUAGUGCUUUCCCAGCUAACACCUAAUUCACUUAACAUUUCCCAGGGUCUCUCAGCGCGUAUUAUAGUACAUUAUAUCACUUCAAUCAUAGUACUAUAAUAAAGAUUGUAGCUAAAACUUAAAUUAAGAUUCACGGUUGUUUGCACUGCUGACAUUGAAACAGAGCAUUUAACAGAAUACGGUUGUGCUUGUAGACCAGCUGGUUAACUGCUGUUAACUAGUGGUAAAUUAUUUUUGCUGCUUUCUCACUGAUGAGAGAAUUAAUGUAUUUUACAAGAAAAAUAAACAAAUAUAAACCUAAUUUAUACUGUAUAAAAUAGAAAAAGUAACAACAAAAGAUUUGAAGGUUUGUUUGUAAUACUUGCUGCUCUUGUGUGUGACUCUUUGUUCUUGUUUUUUUUUUUUUUUGCGCUAAGCACACAACGCUAUUGUGUAAAUUGAAUGUGCUCCUGGGUUGUGAGCUUGUCAACAUGCAGAUCAGUGGUGGUAUUGUAUCUUUCUGCACCAGGAGUGGGUACUUCACUAUUUUAUGUCCCGUUAAGUACAGUAAGUGAGCUUGUUGUUUACAUAUGCAGUGCACCUAUAUGAAUGUAUUUUAUAAAUGCAUUAGAAGCGCUCGGACAAAACGUCAUGAACAAUGUCAGUGUGUUGCACAGUGAAACGUAAUGUUUGUUGUUAUGGUCUAAUUCAUUUGAACUACUGACAUCUGAAGACAGUGCUCAGCAUUUAAUGUUUUAGUGUAUUUUUGCAGUGUUGCGUUUUGACGCCUCAGGAGAAUCACAACUGCCGACAGCUGUAUGUGAUCUGUUUAUUACACAACCAUUUAUAUUUUCUCAUGUCGUGUAACUGACAGUAAUACAGUGUUGCUGUUCCUAUUCACAUAAUAAGGUAUUAUAUUUUUGCACUCGAGAUUUUUAAUGAAUAUUUGUCUAUGGAUUUUAAACCAGUUAUGGAAGAAAAAUAUAGGAAACUGUUUUGGGUUCAACUGUAAAAUAAGGUGGUUUAUUUUUUCAGUGUACCCAUUACACAUCAUUAAUUUGAUUCUAGGGUGGAUACUUUUCCCCAAAAAGUUGGACCCUUUAGAUUUUAAUAAAAAAUAAUCACAAGUGCUCUGAAAAUUAAACCUAUAUGAGGCAUCACAAUAUAUGAGAUUCUGUACUUACCCCAAUAGGGGUAAAAAAAAAGUUUUUUUUUCAUGAAAAGGGUUAAAUAAUAUCCAAUUCUUUUGAGAAAUUGUACAAAAUCUCUGUUCAUGCUUAAUUGUGUCUGUUUCAUUUUCGGUAUAACUGUUUGCUCUUUGUUAUGUGAUGCUAAAAUAAUAAAUUGUUAUUUAUUUAGA